AUGGUUCACAUAUCUUCGUUGUCGGUUCUUGGCUCGGCAUUGGUCGGAUUGAGCAAUGCCGCUGCUUUGGGUACUGCGGAAGAGUAUGCAGAUGGGUCGGUGCAUGCGAGGAUUAUGGCAAUGAAGACGGCGCAAUGGGAUGCUGAGAUUGCUUCCGGAGAGAUGGAUAGUACGCGGUACCCUGAACUGGGUUAUACGCCGUGUGAGAAUGGCUUCGCUGCUGCAAUCCCUGGGGACUUCAACAAUACGUUCAAGUGCCAUAACAUCGAUCUCUACCAUUUCCUCCCACAUUCCCUCCUCGGCAGCUCUCAAGGUCAAGGAUCCUCUUCUUGGGGUUGGACAUCCGAAGAUGGACGCGAGUUCGUAGCGAUCGGCCAGUUUGACGGCACAGCCUUUGCAGAGAUCAGCAGCGAAGGCAAGCUCAUCUAUCUCGGUCGUCUACCUCCUUUUGAUCCUAUUGGAUCGCGCUGGCGUGAGAUUCGCGUGAUGAGGGACUAUGCCGUCAUUGGUAGUGAGGCCAUCAACCAUGGUGUCCAGAUCUUUGACAUGAAGAAGUUGCUGGACCUUGAUGGGAGUGAGCCAACGAACUUUACUCAAGAAGAUCUGACUGGCCAUUGGGGGUUGAGCGAUGAUUGGAACGCCCUCCCAGUUGGCCGAACCCACAACAUUGUCGUCAACGAAGAGCUCAACUACGCUGUAGCGGUUGGCUCCGUCGGUGGCAAUGAGACGAUUCGUGUUCGUGGCGACUUGCCAUGCCGCGGAGGCCUAAUCUACAUCGACAUGAGCGAUCCGAGCAACCCCACGAGCCCCGGCUGUGCAGCUGCAGAUGGCUACGUCCAUGAUGCUGAAUGCAUCGUUUACCGCGGGCCAGACACUAAAUACUACGGCCGCGACAUCUGCUACGGCUACAACGAAGAUACACUUACCAUCUACGACGUGACCGACAAAGCCGGCAACGUCACCAACAUCAUCUCCCGCACCACAUACCCCGGUGCAGAGUACGUCCACCAAGGUGUUGUCAAUAAUGCAACCUGGCAAGAAUACCUCUUCCUCGACGAUGAAUUCGACGAGCGUGAUGCCCGUGUGGGACCCAUGACGCAGGGUCUGCCCACAACCCACAUCUUUGACAUCAGGGACUUGGAAAAUCCUUUCUAUUCCGGCAACUACGAGGGAAAGCGCCGCAGUAUCGACCACAACCAAUACAUCGUCGGUGAACAUCUCUACCAAUCAAACUACGGAAACGGUCUAAACGUUCUGGACAUCCACUCUAUCACGCAAGACCCAAGCGGCGACAGCAUCUGCGAGGCAGGUUUCUUCGACAUUUAUCCUGAAGACGAUGAGAUUGAGGGUGGUGGCUCAGUAGCUUUUCUGGGCUCCUGGUCCAGCUAUGCGAACUUUAAGAGCGGUUUCAUCUUCGUCCAUACCAUCGAGCGCGGUAGUUUCGUCGUAAAGAUGACGAGCAAAGAGUGUGCGAAGCCAGCGGUUUGCGAGGCAGACUCUUGUCUUACAUCGAUGCGCACGGCGAAUGUGGAGGGCAGGCUGGAGGCGUCGCAGGAGUUCUGCGGUAACUUCACGCAGAGGUUGAUCGACGAUGUACAUGUUGUUCCCGCGUUUGCGAGGGCGGCUUGUGCUGGGGAAGAUGUCGUGGCCAAGGUUAGUAGUGCGUGUGCUUGUGUGCCUACGCCUGUUGUGCCAGAAUUGCCGAGGACAACGUCUAGACCACCAGUGCCUACUGUGCUGCCGCCUAGGAUUUAG